AUGGGGGAGUAUUCCCAUCAUGUGUUGCGGCGCCGGAAGUCGUUGGUGAUGAUGAUAAACGUUGAGUGCUGUUCGCAGGCGCAUGUGCGAAUUGUAUCUGGCACAGUCGAGGGGUCCAGUGCGAGUUUUACGCUGGGAAGUCUUCGCAUUGGAACAGUGACGAUGCUAUCAUCCUUCUACAACAGGGUGGCCUUCGGGCCGUGGAUUGUGGUGACCCGGUUCGUGACUGGCCUCUGGAUGACACCGCCCCCUCCGUGA